AGCCAGUUUCUGCAUAAGCGCAGCGAUUUGGCCAAUGACGGACGCAAGAAGCCGAUUCAAUCGCGCUGCUUCUUUUGCAGCCGCAGAAAAGGAAAAGGGUGCUUUGUUGACAUUGCAUAUCGUGCGACCCCUCAUAGCUCUCGAUGCGUCCAUUUUUCGCCCGGGUCUUCCCUGGUUCCAUUCUGCCGUUUACCUCGGUGUCGAAGCCAGGUCAUCGUGCAGAGCUUUUGCGGAGAUGAUGUCCUGUUCUUACUCUUGCCGGCCUUGUUUUUAGAGCAUUGUUUAUUCGUACUUGGCAUCUUGCUCUCUGCAGCUCCUUUCCCAGCAACGUACCCCCAUCGCAAAUCAGGGGAAGAGACACGUCGUCAUCUCUUCAUCGGCUAUUGUAGGGUGCGUCGAUCGCUCGUAAACAUGCCGUGCUAAGCGAGAGCGACACCAGCCAGCUCCGGUUUUCCAACAAGACGUCCAAUGCAGGCUCCCGCCCGGGGGAUGGCCUGGUCGGGGCCCCUGUCGCCGCCCGGGCCAGGCCCCGCAAUCCGGCUCCGUCCCAGGCCCGGUGCCCGUUACCGACGGCACGCAUCCAGACCAAUAUGGACGGCUUUCACCUUUGCAUCUCUUAGUCUGGCCGUACUCGCAAGCCCAGAGCGGACGCUGCCCUACGUCCCCACGACUAUCUUGUUACCCCCAGACGCCGGCAGCAACGGGAGCAAGUCGGUAGCCUACAUCUUCACCCCCCGCAACGACGACAGCCACGCAGUUGACUUCCUCGCCCUCAACAUGUCGUCCACCUUGGAUGCCUCCUCUCUCCAACCAGACACUCUAACACCAAACCUACCGUUUCUGUCUCCAUCCGCGGCCAACUGCACGACCUUUGCGCCCACGAUCCUACAUAAUGGCACCGUUGCGGUAGCAGCAGGCGACUGCUCUUCAUCAAACUCCCCGUCCUCCCUCUGGACGUACGCCCCAACCUCAGGGACAUGGUCCCGGCACGACAUAACCCCAACCUCGGGCUGGGACAACGCGCAGUCAGGACCGUACUCUCUAGGCGGCAUUCUGGCCUUCUCCGCCCAACUCAAGCCCGUCCUCUCCGAGCCAACCGUGUACCUCUACGGCGGGAUGUGUCCCUGGGCCAACACCAACACCAGCGACAACAGCGACACCUCCCCCCAGGCAUCAGCGGCCUACUCAAACCGGAUGCUCCGCCUUUCCCCCCCAACAACAGCAUCACCGUCCGCCGCGGAUGGCUACACACUUACCUACGCCCCGAAUACAGGAAGCGGAGGCCCGAUCCCCGCGGCAGGCUUCACCCUGACCGAGCUAACCCCGUCCCUAACCACCCGCCGCCCGGGGGCAGGGGGCUCAACCGACACCGGCGACGAUAACAACAACAACAGCAUUGAUGAUGGCAAUGCCAUUGUCACACAGCAAACAAGCCACCUCCUCCUCGGCGGCCACACAUCACAAGCCUUUGAGACGUGGUCGUUUGUGGCCAUCGCGGCCCCCUCAGGUACUACUACUACUACUACUACUACUACUACUACCACUACCGGUGGGGCGACCGAGUUGGCUGUACGGCAGGGGGCAGAACAGGAACAGGUGGUAGUGGACAGCAGGUCCGGCCACACGGCCGUGCUGAGCGAGGACGGGUCCGCGGUGGUUCCGCAGUUGGCGGUUGGGUUUGAAGGCUGGCGGUGGGAGGUUCCAACACAGGCUCAGGAUGGGGAUAAUGGGAACUGGAGGGGGAUUUAUGGUCAUGGGGCUGUCCUGCUGCCGGGGAAUGUCAUGAUGGUGUGGGGCGGGUAUGAGAUUGCGCCCGGGGCGGAGGGGAAUGGGAACGGGAAGAAGAGGCAGGUUGCUGGGGGUCAAGGGCAGAGGUAUGUCAAUCCGCUGGGCGCGGGGAGCAGUGGCGGUGGUGGGAGCGCGCCGCCUACCGACCGCGAUGAAGAUGAAGCCCACAGCUCGGACCGCAGCAGACAGAUCGGUCUAGGUGUUGGUCUGGGCGUCGGGUUAUUCGUCCUCCUUCUUCUCUCGGCAUUUGCCGUCCGCUUCUUCCUCCGACGACGCAAGCGCCGCGCCGCCCGCGACGAGGCCCUGCGUGGCUUGGCUCAGGGCGUCAACGGCUCGAUGCCCCGUGGCUUUGGCGGGGAUGACGAGAUGCUCGAGCGCGACUCGGAUGACAUCUUCCCCUGGACCGCGUCCUCGGCGCGCGAAUGGUACACUGGCGGACACGAUCCGUACACCCUAGGACGGCGCUCACUGGGGUAUGAGAGCCUCCGAGGCGGCAAAUCCAAAAACCUGCCGUCGCUUUACAUCCCGCCACCGCCAAUGUCGUCCAGUUCGGGGACUCGCCCGCGCGGCGCCAAGGGCCUCUACACACCCUCGACCGGCAUGGGGUCGAGCGGCGCGUACGACUUUACCCCUGCCAUGCGCACACCAACUCGCAUCGAGCCGAUCUACGAGGCCGACGAGGACGAGGACGGCGAGAAAGGCGCCAACUUCCCACUCAACCCCGAGAAAGACGAGGCUGAUGACGACGACCCGUUCCUGACGCCCGCUGCCGAGAGUCCCGUGGGCGGCCUGUUCCCUCCGCCAAGCACCAGCGGCGGCAGUCCGACCUCGCGGAGCUCCGCCAGCCGCAGCCCAGAGCGCCAACCUGUGACUACCCACGGUGGUCGGGGCCAGGAGCAGGACGCCGAUGUGCAAGGCUGGGUCUCCGACGUCGACGCGGCAGAUAGCAUCCUGGCCGCAAGAAUCGCCCAGCGCCGGUCUAGCAUCCACAGAACGCCACCUCGCCAGCAGCAGCAGGCAACAACACCAGCGGCAGGCACAAGCCGUGGCGCUCCCGGCUCACCCAGCCGUCGACUCUCAACCCGGUCCGGCAAGUCGGCCAGGUCGUCCAAGUCCAAGCACAGUGGCAUAGCAGCCGACGCCAUGUCCGACUCGGGCCGCACAGGUAGCAAUCUUUCAGAGCGCAGCACGUUCAGCUUCGCGCCAAGUGUCAGCCGGCUGCGCGCAGCAGCGGCUGGUAUAACCUCCAGCAGUAAAAACAAUAACACCGGCGACGCGGCCAGCACACACUCCAGCUCGGCACAUACCUUCAGCACGGCCAAGUCGCACCUGAACAACAACAACAACAACAAUAACAACCGCGAUUUCGCAGCGCUGCAGGCUGAAGGGCCGGGGUUGUUGAUGGGAAGCAGCAGCAUACCCUCUCCACAUACAGACGACCACCACUACUACUACAACACCAACAACGAAGCAACCGGGCUGUCCGAUGACGAUUACAUCCCAGUCCCCAGCAGCCCAAGCAAAGCCGACCGGCGCUCGUCAUCAUCUGCGUUACGCAGGAGCUGGUUCGGCAGUUUACGGCGCGUGUUCAGCGGCGGCACAGCCACGCCCGACAGCAGCAGCAAUACCACCACCAACACGGGACUUGGCAGCUCUCGCGGCGACAGUCCCACUUGGGGAUUAGGUUUCGGCGGGCUCUUACCCACCGGUACCGGGGCGGACUACGAGUCACACCACCAGCAUUUGGCUGGGGGGAGUCUUCAGCGGAGGAGGGCUCCCCAGGGAGAACAUGGGGGUGAUGGGGAGGGGGAGGAGUGGGACGUAGAACGCGCCGUCGAACAGAGGCUGGUGCAGGUCAUGUUCACGGUGCCGCGGGAAAAGCUGCGGGUGGUCAACGCCGAGGUGGAGAGGGAGGUUGAGCUUGAGGAGGAGCAGGUUGGUGUCGUGGUUGAUCCGGCCCGGGACUGGGACCAUGACCAUGACCGGGACGGGGUGCCUCCCGAGGAGGAGGGUGCGGGAGAGGUUGAGCUGCUAAGCCCCUCUCCGGGUCCGGGUCAGCAUCCCGAGUCCGCAGAUAAUACUAUCGCCAGAGAGCAGGACGGUGACCGUGACAGGCACCGUGCCUCAACAGCCACCCCGGAGUCGGAGGCAGAUCCGCACAUGCACCACCACCCACUCUCACUCUCACUCCCGCUCACAGCCGGCGGCGGCGGCGGCGGCGGGGGGAUCUCACCGACCCCAUCGCUGCGGGCCGUGUCCAUCACGACGACAACGUCAACAACGCUGCACACAGCCGAGGCGGUGCGGCUUGAGCGGCCCGGAGGACCCGGCCGCCGCACACGGGUACUGAAGAUGGUGGAGAGCUUCGAGUCACGCAGUGCCAGUGCCAGUGCGACGAGCAGGGACAGCAGUCCCGGCCGCGAGGGCAGUCCGGUGCGGUGCGUGGGGUCUUGAUUCUGUGUUGAGAGGGGCCGGAGAUCAUCUUGGCCGUUGAUCUCGACUCCCAAGGCGUUUCAGGUUACGUCAUGGGUGAUUGGCUGUGAUAGAUGGACGCUCUUGGUGUUUAUUUUUUUCGCAAGGGGAAUGAUGGGUUGGGAUACACGGACGGCUUGGCUGUCCUUGAUGGGCUUGCUGAUUGGGAUAGGGACAAGUUCUGGGCUGAUGUAUGACUUUGUCGUUGGGGAUUCCUGUUCAGAGGGAGGCGCAUGGUGUUUUGUUUCAUGUCGUGUAUGUGCAACUGUAGUACAGUAUACACGUAGCUAAAUGUUAACGGGGU